AUGGCAUCCAUUUCGAACCACAGUUCUUCCUCUUCAUCGUCAACCUCAUCAACCAAGCCACCUGCGUUCGCGGAAUAUAAAAUCAGAGCCAAUCUCCCGCCGGCGCCGACCGAGCUGACCCCUCGCCAAUCACUACUCAUCGGCAGCGUCAUGGAUUUGUUUGCCGGCCACCCUUCGAAGCGCAAACUGAGCCUGUGGACAGAUGACGCCUCAUUCCAGGAUCCGCUGUGCAUCGCCGAGGGCCGCAAGCAGUAUGAGGCUCAAUGGUACGGGGUGGUGGCCACCAUGAGUGAUGUGAAGCAGGAGCACGCCGAGAUCGUCUCGGUGGGAAACCCGAUUGAGUUGCGCCUGAAGGAUCGAUAUACGAUCAAAGGACUGGGGAAGGAACAGCUCAUUGACAGCCAUAUCCUGGUCUAUUUGACCCCGGAUGGGGAGAAGGUCACCAAAGUCGUGGAUCGAUGGGGUGGGGAGGUGCCUCCUGAUGGCUUUUUCGCAAAGGCUUUGAGGAAAUUGAAUGCUGUCUCGACUCCUGAGAUGAUCCAUAUCCCUCAAUCGAUUGAAGAGGAAGAAGGCACACAGCCGAAGUAG